GCCGGCCCCCGCGGCCUAUACAAGCAGCUUCGGCGGGCCGCGGGACGCGUCCGAGCUCUGGGGAACCAAGCGAAGAUGGCUGAGUAUCUGCGGCUGCCCAAUUCUCUGGCGAUGAUUCGCCUUCGCAACCCUCCUGUCAACGCGAUCAGUGCGUCUGUACUCAAUGGUAUAAAAGAAGGCCUAGAAAAAGCCAAAGCAGAUGAUACGGUGAGAGCCAUUGUGUUAUGUGGAGCAGAUGGCAAGUUCUGUGCAGGUGCUGAUAUCCACACCUUCCAGGCUCCUAAGCCCCUUGGCUUUGGGCUGGUCAAUGCAGUAGAGGAAUUACUGAAAAAUGAGAAGCCGGUGGUGGCAGCCAUAGAAGGCAUGGCCUUGGGAGGUGGCCUGGAGCUGGCUCUGGGCUGUCAUUAUAGAGUUGCCCAAAUACAGGCUGAAUUUGGCUUUCCAGAAGUCAAACUAGGACUUCUUCCUGGUGCAAGAGGAACCCAGCUUCUCCCUAGACUCAUUGGAGUUCCUGCCGCCCUUGACUUAAUUACCUCAGGAAGAUACAUUACAGCAAGGGAAGCAGACAAGCUGGGGAUUCUUGAUGAAGUUGUGGUUUCAGACCCAAUUGAAGAAGCGAUUAAAUUCAUCCAGAAAGUUUUAGAUCAACCUCUAGAGUCACGCAGACUCUACAAGAAGCCAGUUCAGAGCUUACCCAACAUGGAUGACGUUUUCACUGAAGCCUUGAUGAAGAUACGGAAGCAGCAACCUGGGUGCCUUGCCCCAGAGAUGUGUGUCCGUGCCGUGCAGGCUGCUGUGAAGUAUCCCUAUGAAAUGGGCGUCAAGGAGGAGGACAAGUUAUUUAUGUACCUCCGGGGAUCAGGUCAGGCUCGAGCCCUGCAGUAUGCUUUCUUUGCUGAAAGAAAUGCAAGUAAGUGGUCGACUCCCUCUGGAGCAUCCUGGAAGACAGCAUCGGCACAGCCCAUCUCUUCUGUUGGUGUUGUGGGUUUGGGAACAAUGGGCCGAGGCAUUGUCGUUUGUUUUGCAAGGGCCAAGAUUCCUGUGAUUGGAGUAGAAUCAGACCCAAAACAGCUGGAAGCCGCAAACAAGGUGAUAACCUCUAUCUUGGAAAAGGAAAAAUCCAUGAUGAAGCAAAAGGGCCGUUCUUGGUCUGCAGUAAAACCCAGGUUAACUUCAUCCCUGAACAAACUCAGUGAUGUCGAUUUAGUCAUUGAAGCAGUGUUUGAGGACAUGGACUUGAAGAAAAAGGUUUUUGCUGAAUUGUCCACUGUGUGCAAGCCAGAAGCAUUCUUGUGCAGCAACACUUCCGUCCUGGAUGUUGAUGAGAUUGCUUCUUCCACAAACCGUCCCCACAUGGUCAUUGGCACCCACUUCUUUGCACCAGCUCACAUUAUGAGAUUAUUGGAGGUGAUUCCUAACAAAUACUCCUCCCCUACUACCAUUGCUACUGUCAUGGGCUUAGCUAAAAGGAUUAAAAAGGUUGGAGUGGUUGUAGGUAACUGUCAUGGUUUUGUUGGGAACCGAAUGCUGAGACCAUAUUACGACCAGUCGCACUUCCUGUUGGAAGAUGGCAGUAAGCCAGAGGAGAUAGAUCAGGUGCUGGAAGAGUUUGGUUUUAGAAUGGGACCUUUCAGGGUAUCUGACCUUUCUGGGUUGGAUGUGGGUUGGAGAAUUCGGAAAGGGCAAGGCCUUACUGGGCCUGCAUUGCCUCCAGAAACUCCUGUCCGAAAGCGGAAUAACAGGAGAUACUGCCCAAUUGCUGAUAUGCUCUGUGAAUCAGGACGAUUUGGCCAGAAGGUAGGCAAGGGUUGGUAUCAGUAUGAUGGGCCAAUGGGUAGGAUUCCUAAACCUGACCCUUGGCUUUCCGAAUUCCUGUCAGAGUACAGAGAAACCUAUGGCAUUGAGCCUCGUGUCAUCAGCCAGGAAGAGAUCCUAGAGCGCAGCUUAUACGCACUUAUCAAUGAAGGCUUCCGUGUUCUGGAGGAAGGGCUAGCUGCCAGCCCUGAGCACAUUGAUGCUAUCUAUCUGCAUGGGUUCAACUGGCCCAGACACAGAGGUGGGCCCAUGUUCUAUGCAUCCACUAUUGGCUUGCCCAUGGUUCUAGAGAAGCUGGAGAAAUAUUACAGACAGAAUCCUGAUAUUCCUCAGCUGGAGCCCAGUGACUAUCUUAAAAAGCUGGCUGCUCAGGGAAACCCUCCUCUAAAAAAGUGGCAGGAUUUGGCAGGGCCCCCAAGCAGUAAGCUGUAAUCCAGGGCCAGGCUUUCUCCUCAUAGUUGGUUUUAGCUAAUUCCAGCUGAGUUCCAAUCAAAUUAAAGCCAAAAUUAUAGAAUAAAAGAAAUAGUUUAUUACCUAAUUUUAAGAAUCAUUCUCUGUAUUUUGUCUCUAUUCUAUCAGACCAUUGAAGAGUUCAAUUUGUGUCAGCCAAAUACCCAUAAUACCUGAUAGGAGAACUUCCAGAAUAAGUUUAGGUCCCCAAAUGUUCUAAUCAUUGGAGAACUAUGUCAUCAGUUAAUAAAUGAUGACUGCAGCUAAGUCAUCAGUGUUUUGGCCCUUUCAGCCUCACACACUUAGUAUUGAUGGGAAACGCUACAGAUCAUACAUCUAGUAAACAUUGAUGGAGAACUUCUCAGCAGCUCUCACCUCCCACUUGGCACUUGGCAGACUAGAUUCUGGGGUGUGUGUUUGAGGUGGGGAGGCUUGGGGACAGUUCAUGAGAGCACUAGGGAAGCUACUAUGCUGACAUUUAGUGCAUGUGCUCUGUGGUGAAGUGCAGCGUUUGGCAGGUUAGAGUCAGAGUGAGGGUCUCUGUGACAGGGCAUGGAAAGCUGCCCAAGGACAUCAGCAGAGGAGGUAACCAGAGAGACACUGCUGUGCCUUGGAGGGGUUAGGUAAAGCACAGGUGGGCGUGGUGAGGGAACCCAGCGCUUCAGAGCAGAAAGAGG